AUGGAAAAUACUCAAUAUCUUUCUCCUCUUCAACAACAAUUUUUUAGUCAAGACUUAUGUAAAGUAGAAAUUAUUCCUUUAAAUAAAAUUGAAAGACUUCAAAUGAUUAUUGAUAAUUAUGGUCCUUAUGAAGAAGGUAUUAAAUAUUCAAUUCCUUUAUGGUUGGCUAUUCAUUUUAAACAAAUAGGAUUAUGUAAAAUAGUUAUUCCUCAUUGGUUAUCUUUAGAACAACUUAAAGAAACAUUAGAAGAAGAACAAAAUAAUGAUGAUUUUACUCCAUUACCUUAUUAUUAUCAAGAAAUUACUUAUGCUUUAAUGAAAUAUGCAGCUGAUGAUUUUAUUGAUUUAGAUGAUAUUCGUGGUGUUUUUGAAGAUAUUAGAUAUUGUAGAAUGGAAAAAUUAAGAGCAGGUCUUAGAACAAUUAAUGAAGAAUCAGAAACUAUUAUUUUAACGAAUGUAGGUGCUUCUGAAAUAACAUUAUUACGUGAUUGUAUUAAAAGAUUAUUUAAUAGUAUUACUUCAUUAUCUAAUGCUGUUGAUAAAGCAGAAAAUGUUGAUUAUUCACACAAUUUGAGAAAUAUGAAUGCUCAAUCUCAAUAA